AUGCCGCCGCAGAAGAGGCAACGCGACCAAAAUGGGAGGACAAGGCUGGCUCGCGCUUGCGCAGCCCAAGAAGUUGAAGCUACCAAAUCUCGCCUUGCGGCACACCCCGAGGAAUUGGAUGUCCCGGACAACGCCGGGAAUACACCACUUCAAAUCGCGGCCCUUGAGGGAAAUGCGGAUAUCGUCAAAUUUCUACUAGAGGCUGGAUGUGACAUCAACACUAGAAAUAUUGACAAAGAUACUCCUCUUAUCGAUGCGGUGGAAAAUGGACACUUGGAAGUGGUGAAAUUGUUGCUUGAUGCUGGCGUCAAUCCUCGAGUGGGCAACGCGGAAGGCGAUAAACCAUAUGACCUCAUUCCGUCUGAUAGUGAGAAUUUUGAGGCACUUCGCAAAGUCCUCGCGGAAGCCAAAGCAAGAGGAAUGCGAGAGCAGAAGUUAGUAGAGCUGAGCAGUAACACGCCAAUUCCUGUACCUACCAGGGACGCGCCUUCUCGUGGAGUAUCCGCCGCGAGUCCCCGCGAGUCGCCGCCAGUUUAUGGUAUUCGAAACUCCCCUCCCGCCGGACUAGGUCGCCGAAGGACCGUGAGAAGUGAAGUUACCCGCAACGAUCUCUUGUGGACCCAGCCUACCCCAGAGAAUUUGCGGGAUUUUGCUGCAAAAGGUGACAUGGCUGGGGUGGCCAAUAUUUUAAACGUGCUUCAAAAAGCAGACACUGAAUCCAUUAUCGCUGCAGCUAAAGGAAGCCACGAUGAAGUACUGGGCAUCCUACUUGGUAUGGGAGACCCUGACCCUAAUCCAGAACCGAUCAACUCCGGUAACAAUAAACCUGGUUACAACACUCCUAUAUUGGCAGCUAUUGGUAGAGGAAACAAUUCUGUGAUCAAACUCCUUCUAGGGCAAAGAGGCUUCGAUCCAACACGCCUAGACUAUCGAGGCCGGACCUAUUACGAGAUAUCUGAGGAGCGCAAAGGCGAAAACUGGAAGGCAGAACAAAAGCUUCUCAAAGAAGCAUAUGACAAUUAUCUCAAACCUCCCAGCACUGAUAAAUCCGACUCCAGGGUUUCAAGAAAAUCGCGAGACCCCAAAAGCUCUAAAGGAGGUUCUGUGUCUCCAGCGUCCUCACUCAGAACACUGGCUCGAAGUCCCGAGUCCCGGAGCCAAGGAGCACAGAAAAUCUACAAAGCUAGAAAGGAUGUUGGGAAAGAUGAAAGUUUGGAUCGUGCGUCAGCAAAGUCCCAUAGAAAAGCGCACCCCCGUGACGACACCAACAGCGAGACCCAAACAGCCUCCGACUAUGACUCUACUCGCUCUCGACACACAAAACCAAGAAAUUCCUCAGACUUCAAAAACCAGUCCGAUACUACAAGUACCAUUAAUCCUACAGAAGAACCCAUAAAACGACGCCGUCUGAUUGCAGGCCGUCCUCCAGAUCGAAGAAGAGGAAGUUUUAUGUCGACAGACUCACACUCAGCGAGGGACGAAGCCUCAAAAGAUCGAAUCGAAAAGUUCGGUUCCGAGGCUCGCCGGUUCAAAGAAGUUUCUCCAUCCAAACGAUCGCGAGAAAGUGUCUCUCCCAAACCGACACUACCUCGUAGGAGACAAGACAAAGAUAUCGAAGAUUCGGAUACGCAAAACAAGAAGAGAAAGAUCCAAGAAGACUCGAGGGAGACGCAACAAUCUAAGGACCUAGCGAACAAAAUCGUGAGGGAACGACUACUAUCCCCGAAGCCUACGGUUCAGUGUGACACAGGUAGCCCUUCCAACGCUAAAUCAGAGAAAGCAGCGGCUAGUCACACCAUGCAUCAAGAAAUGGAGAUUCAAAAUGCUCGGGUGGAUGAUGUCGUCGUAGCUUCUCCUGGAAAGCCAGAGGAGCCAACCAGAUCAGCCAUGAUUAAUUCUACCACGGAAAUUGGCGUUGACCACUUGGGUGCGAAGGAGUUUGAAACCCGUACUGAAUCCCAGGUAAUCGAGCGUACCCUUGGGGAUAGAAAACAAGUCGACUCUAGAGAAGGUAUCAUCGCCACCAAAACCGAGUCUAAAGAGACUACCGAUGCGAAAGAAGCCGAAGCUGCGAAAGAAGCCGAAGCUGCGAAAGAAGCCGAAGCUGCGAAAGAAGCCGAAGCUGCGAAAGAAGCUGCCAGAGUUGUUCUCGACCGUGCAGAGGAGGAGGAACGGAUGAGUAAGGAAGCAGAGCAGCGGCGACUUCGUCAAGCGGAAGAGGAUCGUCAAAAACAAAUCGAUCAGGAGCACCAACGGCAGGCAAAGUUGCGUCGGGAACUGGAAGAACGAGAACAAGAACGCCGGGAUGCGCUUCCUCAUCGACUACGUGCCGCGGCGAACCUGAUUGGGGCCAAUGAUCCAACAGCAAAAAGCACGGCCUGGCUCAAAAAGCUUGUACCUGUUUUUACCGUUCGGACGAAGCAGAUUGACAGCGCUUGCGAUGCGGAAAUUGAGGACGAGAGAUGGCUUAUCAACUAUCAGGUUGCGCCUUUACUAUCGUCCAAUGACCUUCAGCUUAUGCAGUACCCCGGCUGGGAGAGGCGAAAAGCGACUUUCGAUCAUAAAUAUAGUCUCUGGCGUUUGACUCGGAAUAUGCUGUCUUACAUCGAUGAAUUAUCUGUUCUUAAUACGUCUUGGCAAGAUGUCGCCAGUCGAGUCGCAGAAACAAAGCCGAAAUUCUAUGCGAUGGAGCAUGUAUUUUGGGUGAAAUUAUCCGAUUUCAUGGGCUUGGUCCCUCAUAUUCCGCAUCUUCACGACUUUGAUUUUCGUUUAACGGCAAUGGCCAUACAACCAAUACCGUCGGAGGACGUUGGCCAACAUACGGAGAUACCGAGGCCUAUAGAUUCAACGCCGCCAAGUGCCAACACUAUGGCCAAUGGUGCCGAAUCUGUUGAUGUUUCUCGCAACUAA